AUAACUUUGUUUGGAUGGGGCUGAGCUGCUGCCUCUGACGUACAUUGUACUGUGGUGCUGUAAGUGGUUGCUAACUGUGUUGAGUGACUGCCUUUCUCAGACAAACUGAGUUGUAUCUCCUAACUAGAAAGCAGUUUCAGUCUGACCCACACUCCAUCUUAGAACUUCACCAGUUCCACAGAGAGGAAGCUCUAUACAAAUUCACCUCCAUGGGCAUUGGGGAUUAUGUGUGUGUCACAAUCGGUGGUGGAGCACCCUGGGGAUUCAGACUGCAAGGUGGCAAAGAGCACAAGCAGCCUUUACAGGUCUCAAAGGUUCGGAAGAAGAGUAAAGCCUGCAAAGCUGGAUUAUGUGAGGGAGAUGAACUUAUCUCGAUCAACAAUAAACCUUGUUCAGAAUUAACCCAUUCCGAAGCCAUGCAGCUAAUAGACGGAACCAGUGAAACUCUGCAAAUCCUCAUUAAAAGGCCCAUCAGUGAAAAAACUGAUCAGCCAGAAUAUGAAGGAACAAAGAGCAAGGAAACUGUGGAAACCACAUUACAAAUAAGUGGCAGCAAAGCAUCUUGCAAGCAGCCUCUUCCUUUUGAACUUUACAUCUCCGAGUCUCAGGACGAGGCUUACUAUGGAGAGACAGAAAGUGACACAGAUAUUACAGGGAAGAAGGAAGAAAGCCAGAGGCAGAACAGCUCUAGAUUGUUUUUGAAAGAACGCACCAGGUCUGGAGAAUCACAGCAGGACCCUAGCUGUAAAGAAAGGAAAGAACCCCAGCAUAUGGUGGAAUUCCAGUUGUCCCUUACUCAAGGGAAGCUUGGUGAUCCAGAGACAACUGCUGUAACCAUCAUUGGGGCGGAAAAAAUCAACUGGGCAGCCAGAGAUCCAACUACACUGCAUGGGAGUAUCCAGAAAACUGAAUCAGCAGCAUCAGAGCCGAAUGGGAAUGUUGCAAUCCAGACAGCCUCGACUACUAUAUCACUUCAGAGCAGGAGUGACAAAAAGGUCAAGCUGGUCGAAAGUGAGCUGCAAGGAGCAGAAGGGGAUUCAUAUCAGUCCAGGGUGGAGCAGCCUUUGGAUUCCUCUGACAGAGAGCAGAGUGGGAGGGAAGCCUCCGCAUCUGAAGUUGGCAGUGGGUGUGCUGACUCUCUGGCUGAAGAGGGACAGUCAAAAACACAUAGCACGCCUCCUUUCUCCGUUGGAAUUUCAUCAGAGGGAACAGAGCACGGAUCAGAAGGGACAUGCUCUGGGAAAGAUUUGGCGAGAACCCACAAACACAGGGCUAGACAAGCCAAAAUCCGGCGGAGUGAAAGCUUGUCAGAAAAACAGGUUAAAGAAGCCAAGUCAAAGUGUAAAAGCAUUGCCUUGCUGUUGACAGCAACUCCUACCCCCAGCUCCAAAGGGGUGUUGAUGUUUAAGAAGCGUCGCCAGAGGGCAAAAAAGUAUACUUUGGUCAGCUACGGCACUGGGGAGUUUGAUCCCGACGACGAUCAAGAGGACUCCAUAGAAUUUACUCUGGUACCAACCAGUGACUCUGAUCUUGACGAGGACUUUUGUGCUGAUGUCAACUCUGCCCAGGUUGUGACGUUUGAUUGGGACACAGGUUUAGUGGAAGUCGGAAAGAAAGAGAAGAUAGAGGACGAAAUGCAGAGAUUACCAGAUACCAAGGGCAAGGGUGCCUUAUUGUUUGCCAAGAGGAGGCAGAGGAUUGAUCAGUAUACAGCUGAGCAAGAGGAAAUAAGGAGAUCUGGAGUUACUGAAGCUCCCUCUGCUCACAAUGUUAAAACAGAAAGCAGUUUAAAUAAUUCAUCAAACAUAAUACAAAAUCAUGCCACUGAAAAUUAUAUUGAUGUAAGUAAGUUGCAUGGAAUUGAAAAUGUAAGUGGAGUGAAAGGGAGAUCUGAAAUGGUUAUCCAGAACUUGAAGUCUGCUGAAACCAAUAGAGCAGGUGCGACGAACAGAACAGCUACACCAUUCCCUGGUGUGCAAAAUCGAGCUGCAGCUCUGUUCUCUCCAACAAGGAAUGUGGCAAGCUCCUUAUCAGAUUUACCUCCCCCACCCACCUACUCUUCCAUCAGCCCACCACCUGACAAUAUCUACCAGGUUGCAUCUCCUCCUUUGGCUACCAUGGCUCAACCAGCCAUAUGGUCACCAACGGGAAUUGCAGGGGAGCAGAUAGCAUCCAGAGAUGAGAGAAUCUGUGUACCAGCAAUAAAAACUGGUAUAUUACAAGAUGCAAGAAAACGGAACACCACAAAGCCCAUGUUCACUUUCGUUGACCGCCCUAAGGUAGCUCCAAAUCCAGAACUCCUAUCCAUGGUCAAAGGUAAGACAGACAGACGUAGAGGAGUAGAUCAGCCUGGUGGAGGUUUUGAGUCAGGACCUGAAGAAGAUUACCUUAGUUUAGGUGCAGAAGCAUCAAAUUUUUUACAGAGCCCUGCAGUAAAGCAGAAGACACCACCUCCAGUUGCACCAAAGCCAUCUGUUAAGAGCCCUCCUACAGGGGCAACCCCAACGUUACCUCCGCUGCCACCUGCAGAAGUAACCAAUGCUCAAGCUCCAGUCUACCCUUCUAAAAGCACUAACCAGAUCCAGAUGCCAGUAAAAUCACAUUCAGUUCAACCUGUUAAUACAUGGUAUCAGUCCCAAGGCACUGCCAACCAGUUUGUAUCUUCAGCAGGAUCCCGAUCAGUAACAUCAACACAUUCACAUUCUUCAAAAGCACCACCCACAACUCCCAUAGCAAAUUCUGCACCAGCUGGAGGUAUGGGUACAGCCUAUGAGAUGCCAGCUUUGAAAGGUAAAGGAGCACAGUUAUUUGCAAGGCGACAAUCUCGAAUGGAGAAAUAUGUAGUAGACUCAUCAACAGUCAAAGCCAGACAAGCACGGUCAUCAUCCCCAACCCCUUCCAUGCCUGCAUCUUGGAAGUAUUCAUCUAAUAUAAGAGCACCUCCCCCUUUGGCUUACAAUCCUAUUCAUUCUCCAUCUUAUCCACCUGGCAUUUUGAAAGCACAAGCACAAUCCUCAUCUCCAUCUAAGCCAAAUAAAAGUGCCAAAGGUAAAGGCACUAAAAAACCUCUCAAUGCUUUGGAUGUCAUGAAGCACCAACCAUAUCAGCUUAAUUCAUCUUUAUUCACUUUUUCAUCCACUCCUGAUUCUAAGGCACCUCUAUCCACAAGCUCAUCACUUUCUAAGCAAUCUAUAACGUCUGAUCCUGUUCCACUUCAACCACUUAAUGCUACAUAUCCUGUUUCUAAGAGUGUCUCAUCUGUGCCAACAGGACCAUCUUUCAAUCAAGCUAAUACAGCUUCUGCUGAUGAGGAGUAUGUCUAUCCUUCUGGAAAGAAUGUCUUUGUAUCCCAAAGUUAUGCAUCAUACCCAAAGAAAGAAUCAUCAGCCCUGUCAGCUGCCAUGGCACCAAGACCAAGGUUUUCAGCAAAGAAAGUUGGAGUUACAGCACAGAUGCAGUCAAGAGGCUUCCAACCUGUACAGAUACCAGCAAAACUACCACAAUAUGGCUAUUCUCAUGGGCUUUCGGGAGCACAAGCAAUGAGACAGCCAGCAACCAUUCCAUCAGGAAGACCGCCAUCCCAGUCAGUUAAAACUUCAUCGAGAAAACUGACCCCAUGGGAUGCUGCAUCGCAGUCUGCUGUUGGUUCAGUAGAGGAAGCAUUUUCCAGCAGAAAGAUCCAGGAGUCAAUAGCAAAGAAUAUUGUUUCAGCAGCCCGACGGAAGACGUUGCCCGAGCCUCCAGAAGAAUGGAAGGCACGAGUAGCUUAUGUCCCCCCAGUCUCAAGCACUUACUCUUCUAUUGCCUCUUUCCAGGUCAGAAGACCACCUAGCAUAACAUCCUCAAUCAAAACUAUAGCAUCCAUUCCAGCAUCUACCAUCCAAGAGCGUUCAAUGUAUAAACAGCCACUAAAUUACCAGCAAUCACUGACUGACUCAGACCUGUCCGCUGGGGCAUUCUCUGAACAUGAAACUUUAGGAAAACAAGUAGCUGAUCCAAAUUAUAACCCUUAUCCACGGGGCUGGAAAAAACAAAGUUGAAACCAUCAAAGGAGAGAAAAGCCUUGACCUUGAUUCAUCAUUUCCUCAUGCUGAAGAUUAUUGUGCUGUUUGUAUUAACAGGAAAAAUGUUAAAAGAGAAUCAGAUAAGAAAAAGGUGAUGUGUGAAAUGCUGUUAGAUAAAGGAAAGGCAUAUUCUGGUUAUUAUCACAUCUAGUAUUGAGUUUCCAGUGUUUGUGCAGCACCUGAAGUGUUUUUGUACACGUAUUUCAGCAAGGUGUUCAAUUACAAGUUAUUAAAAAAUGCACACAAGUGAAGUCUAUUGUAGUAAACACAAAGCUUUUAUAUAUAAAAAGUAUGCAAUGACCUGUAUACUGCAGCAAUAGCUUCAUGGUAUUAUUUCCAGAUCAGAUAACUUACUGCCAUUGGCCUUAGAGACUACAUAAUGGAGUUUUGGGAGGAAUUGCAGUUAUAAAAAUGGGUGUUUAAUUAAGUUGUAUUCAUAUUUUAUAUUGCACAAUUCAUAGCAUUAGAGAAUUUCUUGGCCAAUACAAUGUAUAUGUAGAAAUAGCUGCCUAGAGAGGAUAUUACAGUUCUCUAACAGGUUGGAAGGGUUAAGUUGAUACCACAAGAGGAAAUACAGAAUCUGGCUUCAGACAGAGAUCAAUGGAAAAUGACAAAUGUAAUAAACCAGCACAACAAAUUUUGAGUUUGCUGUUAUGGCAUUGUAACACACUCUGGCUGACAAGAUGUGUUUUACUUUUACAUAAUGGAUUUUAACCUGUUGUUCCCAUCCCUUGUUAUGGACUUCUCCAUCCAGCAUAACAUUGACAUCAUACACCAAGAAGGAAAACAAAAUUACCUUUGCACUCCAAGGCAGGCAAUGUUAUGUAGUAAGAAAGCAAUGUGCAUGCAACAGAUUUUCUUUUAGCUAGGAAAUGCACUUUGUUUUAUUGAAAUAUUAUGGAUGUAGGACAUUUUAAACAACAGCAAUGUCUGAGAAAUUUCCUGGAGGAUAAGGAACAAUAAACCAUGGCAAUAAGAUGUUGCAAAUACAUGAAAUUUAAUCUGCUUGACAAACAGAAAUGUUGAAUUUUCCUGUCUUAGGUAUAAAGUACUCAUUAGAAUCAUGUGUUUGUCCCCCCCAAAAUAGCUUACCUUGUUAAACACAGACUACAUUAUUAUAGUAUUGACUAUGAAAAAUACAAAUAAAAGACAGUAUAUGUACAUAAUUGUACUAUCACAACUAUUCAACUACAUCACAGCCAUUGAAAAUGUACUGUGGAUUUUUUUUAAAGCCUAGAGAACGUUUGACCACAAAAAAUCUUAUCAUCUAUACUCUUAAAUCCUACAAAUAUGCAUUUUUUUCUUGAAAGUUAGAUAAAUAUCUUGAAAUGAACUAAUAAUGAAUGUGAAUAAAAAGGGGUUGGUGGAAAUUAUACUGUUUAAUGUAUGUCAUUAGGAGGUUUAAGAAUUACUUGGGAAGCACUGAAGUGUUUACUUUUUGACCAGGGUUUAUUUCUCAACUGGUGAGUGUGAACGGAUAAUCAGUGAAUUGGAAGGACAAUUGUCGAUUGUAGUAUGUGCAACGUGUUUAGAGAUAUGAGUCUGGAAUUAAGGAGAAUAAAUAUUUUGAAUUGUUCUGCUUACUUGCUAACAUGUAGGGGAAAAAGUCAGUUUGUUACGUUCUUCUAUUCAAUGUAAAUGUAUCAAUCGUAUGCCAAGGAUUGGUAAAACAAUAAUGUGGGUUCUUUAUUUGAAGAUACGACUAUAUGCACACAAUGUUAACUGGGAGAUUAUGUACACAUGCAUGUCUGACUUCUGCAAACUGCUGCUGUGGACUGAGUCAUGGGAUGAGGUGGGAAAUGAUUGACAGCAGUUUAAGAUACAUGUACAUCAUAUCACAAUGAGUAUAGUGUGAUAAUUGCUAACUAAACAGUGCUGAAAUUAUGGAAAUCUGAAAUAUAUGUUUGAUCCAUCAACAACUGAAAAGAGAAAAGGUCUAUGUUUUGAGUUGAGAUCCUUUGUGAGAACUCAAACGUAAGUCAUGAUAUGCUCAAAAAACUAAUCUGUCUGUCUUUUCAGUUGUUGACAGAUGCAUGAUGUAUUUUCAGGAUUGUUUGUUUUACAUUAAUACUUAAAAAUAAAGGGUGCAAAAUGUG